AUGGUGGACUUUGAUUAUGAUCAACUUGUGAAGGCAACAGAAAGCUUCUCUCCAACUAAGCUCAUUGGCAAAGGAAGCCAUGGCAUGGUGUACAAAGCCAUAGUAGUCAACAAACUGGUUGCCAUAAAGAAGCCACUUGAUCAAUAUCAUGCCCAUCAAGUAUCACUCCUUAAGCUCGACAAUGAGAUAUGUGUAUUGUCUUCUCUACCCGAAAACCCACAUGUUAUAAGCCUUCUUGGAACAAGUCAUCAAGACUCAAACAAGAACAAGCUCCUUGUCAUGGAGUUCAUGCCCAAUGGCUCUCUCCAUGACCUACUUCAUGUUGCAUCCACACCACCUCCGUGGCCUAAACGUGUGGAAAUCGCCAUUCGUGUUGCCCGGGCGGUCCAAUUUCUUCACCAAGGGGAACCUAUGGUGAUCCACAGAGACGUCAAGUCCGCAAACAUUUUGUUCGAUUCAGAUUGGAAUGCCAAGUUGGCGGACUUUGGACUUGCUGUGCUCUUGCGAGUCGACUCGCCGAGUCACCCGAGUCAACCCGCUGCAGGUACUAUUGGAUACUUGGACCCUUGUUACACCACUCCUAGCAAACUAAGUACCAAGAAUGAUGUGUUUAGUUUUGGCAUUGUGUUGUUGGAGAUUAUAAGUUCCAGGAAAGUCAUUGACAUCUAUAAAUCACCAGCUUCAAUAGUGGAUUGGGCAAUUCCAUUAAUCAAAGAGCAAAGAAUAGAACAAAUCUGUGAUGCAAGGCUAGGGUUGCCCACGUACAUGUCAAGCACAAUAAGGCACAUGUUAAAUGUGGCAGCAAGCUGUGUCUCAUCGGAUGUAGCAUGUCGUCCAACAAUGACGGACGUUGUUAAGGAGAUUGAAAAUUGUUUUAUUGAACGAGUUAGGUUACCGAUUUGGAGUAACAUGCUGAGGAGUUUGGUGCCCACGAGGAUGAAAAAAUUAGCAAAAAGUUUGCAGCAGGCAAAGUGUGCAACAGAACAAAGUGAUGCUGAUGUUCCAAGUGGGAAGCUAUUUUUGUGGCAGGUUUUGGAUGAUGCUGCAGAUAUUGGCUGA